AUGCUGACCGGUCGCAUGAGGGAGAGGCUCCUGCAGAAAUUGGCCUCUUCGAUUGAUAACAUAGGCUUACAGCUUUUAUUCGAGCCUGAGGCAAAGUUCACGGAGCCGGAGCUGAAGUGGGCACAACAGCAGGCUCUGAGAUCGGGAGUCUUGGGGCCACACGGGCCAUACAGGACUUUGGAGUUUGCAACCUUUCUGCGAGAAAGGCGGGAUGGACGGCCGCCAUCCUGCCUAAUUGCUUGCUUGACCGCCACACAACAGCACUGGAACGCAUCUCACGGGCCCCUCCCCCCCCCCGGGCCGGGGGGGUUAUCCCGGUCCCCACUGGAGGGCACCGAGGCGAUCCUUACCGAGGCCUGCAAGGCGCACUCCAAUGCUCCGAAGGUAAAAUGGCCGCCGCACUGUCUCGCCGCCAUGCAGCCUCUGAAAAACACCUCACCACCUUAA